AUGCAAGCCAAGAAAAACAAACAUGCCAUUAUGAAGUAUCUGGAAGAAAGGAAAAAGCCGACUGUCUACGACAUCGAGUACAACAUGGAUGAAGUAGACAGAGAAAUAUUGCUGUUUUUAAAUCAAAAAUACUCUUGGGCUGACGAGAACAUGUACGAGCUGGUUAUGGACAGGCUGGAGAAAGAGCACCACUAUCUGCAGAGAAUAGCAAUCACAAAAAUAACGGAAAACGAAGAGCUCUCAGAAGAGUGCAACAUCUGCGGCGAGAAGGAAACAGAAAAUGACAACUUUCUCGUUUUUUGCGAUGGCUGCAACAUAGCUGUGCACCAGUCCUGCUACGGCGUGCCCAACAUUCCAGACGGCAGCUGGCUGUGCAGGCCCUGCUUGCUUUCUCCCAAAAAGGUAAUAAGCUGCAUUUUGUGCCCAAUAUCUGGCGGGGCGUACAAAAGAACAAGCAAUGGGUUCUGGUGCCACGUUCUCUGCGGGCAUUUAGUUACCGGCGCAAGAUUUGAAAAUACUUCGCUUGUAGAACCGGUGGACAUUGAAGAUGUGCACAGAAGCCAGCAGCAAUGCCUGGAGUGCGGGUUUAAAAAAGGCGGAGUGGCGCCGUGUGCUUACUACGGGUGCAGAAGGUACUACCAUGCAACGUGCGCUGUGCAGUCAAAGAAGUACAUUGAUUUGUCAAAUUACAUUAUUUUCUGCCACGAGCACGAUCCGCAAAAAAAAGCAGAAAGCGUCCUCACUCGGUCCCCAGACGGAAACUAUCCGCUAUUGGAGCAUACGCCAAGCAUUAGAAACGCAGUUCCCCUGUGGAUUCCGCAGAGAAGAAUACACUCCGAGAUCGAAAGUGUGGCCAUAAAAAUAUCAGACUACGUUGUAAACAGAAUUGUAAAUAGAGACAUGAAAAACAUCAGUAAAGACUCCUGCGAUUUUGUGAAAGACAUGUUUACUGCAUGGCAGGCCAGAAAGAAAGACAGGCCUAUCAUAAAAAGACUGCGCAUUGAUGCCGUAUCAGAGGGAUUCAAAGACUGGGGAAAGGUUGAGACAGUUGAGCGCGAAUUUGGAAAAGAGGAAAGGGCUAUUUUGGACAAGUACGCAUUGCCAUCUGAAAUUAUUCUGCCAAAGAGUGAACUUCAUCUCUAUGAAAUAGCGGUGCUUGGAGCAUACAAAGUGCAAAAGUCGUUGGAGACAGUGAGAAGGCAUGCGAGUGAAAUAAACAAAAGAAUAGCCGGUCUGGAAAAUGAGCGGAUAAAAAUAUUCUCGAAAUACAUACCGAGAUAUCAGCAUAUAAAAUCGCUAUUUGACGAUUUGGAGCGCACAGAUAGACACGAUCUAUUCAGAGAAAUCGUUACAGACGACAUUGCCCCAGGAUACUCAUCGGUGAUACACAACCCCAUCUCUCUGGAGACCAUACAGGACAGUAUCAAUGGAUUGAAGUACAAAUCGUUUGAUCAGAUGGUGAAAGACGUAGAGCUAUUGAUUAGCAAUGCGUACAAGUACAACGGACAGGAGUCAUUUAUAGGAAUAGAAGCGCACAGGCUCGAAGAAGUGCUUGCCGUCUGGAAGAUGCAAACAGGCGACACAGUGCUGGCCAGGAUACUUCCAGACCCGUAUCUACCGUAUGUUAUCACAGCCUCCGAAGUAGAAGCGGUAAAAGACGGAAUAAAAAUAGAAGAUAAAGUAACAGGAGAGAUCCAUCUGAUAGAAAGAAAAAGAGCAAUAAAGCCAAAAGACAACCAAACGAUUAUCAAUGCCCUGCAGGAGCUGAAUAAAGAAGCAGGAGUAACGCAGGAGCAGGAAGAAAAACAGAAAAAGUACAUAAACGCCGUUACACAAUAA